GCAGUGAAGACGCUUUGUAAUAACUUUUAUCCCUUUAAGAACAUGGGGUAGUUAAAGGAUCAUGCGUGGAUGCGGUAAUCUUUGAAUCCCGAUGUACCCUUAGUUGAACACGCAGGACGGGAAUCAAUAGUAUUGUAGAGAAAGGUAUACAAUGAAAAAUUAUAGUCAUAUAUGUGAAAAUAUGCAUAAAAAUGGUAGAUAUUGAUUUGUUUUGGUUAAAAAUAAAUAUGCCGUUUGCUUUUGUUGCCUUAACUCGACGUUAUAUUAUAUACGCGUCCAUAUGUUUAUGCGGAAUCUUACAGUAUUUCGAAAAAAUGUAAUUUUUCAAGUAUAAUUAUCUGCUUUUCAGUGUGUAGUACAAACUAUACAAUAUUUUGGUAUGCUGUGUAUUUACUUACAUAGUUUAGUAAAAAGUGUACAACCGAAAUGACAUAGAGAAAUGGGGUUGUAAAUUUAAUAUGCUUGGAGCUUAAAUUGAAAAUGGAUGUACAUGGCAUUGGGAUUGUUGCUGUUUUGGGAACAGUUGGAGCUGCAACAGGAGCUAUUUCAGCAGUUCUCGUGUAUGCAAUGUGUAUUAGACGCAGACGAUCUCUUAACUGGUUUGAAAAAGAUUUAUUAAACAGAGCAGAGGAAGCAGCACAAUCACCAAAAAGUGUAUUUGCUGGUUUAGGAUCUAAUGUUUCUCUAAGUAGAGAGAACAAAACUAAUGAUAAUCAGUCUGAUGAUGAAGAAUGGAAGUCUAGUUAUGUACUUGAUAAUAUCACAAGAGAUUCGCCUAAAAGAGCAUUACAAUAUUUAUCAGAAUCUGAAGAUGUUUCAUCACCUAUUAGCACUUUUGCACCACCACUACCAGAAGGAGCAGUAGCUGCUUCUGAACAGCGUAUGGUUAUUCUGAAGCCAUCAAGAAGUUCCAAUUCGUGCUCUAGACUCAAUAGUAGUGAGAUUGAGACCCCUUCCCAUAAGUUAUCCUCUUCCACAUCUAUAUCUUCAACUGAUGAAACCAGUGGUGAAUUACAACUUGGUUUAAUUUAUGAUGCAAGUGCUGGUAUUCUUACUGUUAGACUAAUUGAGGCACGUGAUAUACAUGCCAGAGAGCUCAGUGGUACUGCAAAUCCUUAUGCUAAAAUUCGUCUGUUACCUGAUGGAAGUAAUGUAUGGCAAACUCAAAUACAUAGACGAACUCUGAAUCCUGUGUUCGAAGAGUUUUUUGUUUUCGAAAUUAUGCCUGAUACGACGUUAGCUGGAAGAACGUUGGAUAUUUUACUUUACGACUUUGAUGCCUUCUCCAGACAUCAAUGUUUGGGUCAUGUACAAAUCCCUUUAUCUUCGGUAAUGGAUUUCUUAGACAAAACUCUUACUCUCAUCACAAAACCAAUUCUUCGAUAUGGUAGUGAGAAUAGAAUGAAAACACCAUCCCUAGGAGAAUUAAUGGUUUCUCUAUCAUAUCAACCAGCUGCAGAAAAAUUAACAGUUAUUAUUGUCAGAGCAAAAAAUUUACCUAAUAUAAAUGAUUCAAUAAAUGCAAACCUUUACGUAAAAGUGAAGAUCAUUCAGGAUGGGAAAAGUAUUAAGAAAAAGAAAUCUAAUAUACAACGUGAAACAAUUAGUCCUGUAUGGAAUGAUACUUUAAGCUUUGAUAUUAAUAGCGACAUAUUGUCCAAAUGCGUAAUUGAAUUUAUUAUUUUACGCGCAAACGGUGAGGUGUUAACUAGAUGCGAAGUAUCCAAUAAGUAUCAAAAAGAUCUAUUUUACCGUGUAUUAUCAGGGAAAGGUGCUUCCGCGCAGUGGUUGCCACUCAUUGAACCAGAAAUUUAUUAUAGUGAUUUUACUGAACAAAAAAAUUAAGAAUUUCGUAACAAACCGUCCCUCUUAAGUGUAAGUUAAAUCACAUACCUCAACCAUUUUACUAAUAAGUACAUCAACCUAUGAUGCAAA